UGACGUAGGGUGCGCACUGAGCAUUGGGACCGGGCCAUGUAUGAAACGUCAUACAUCCCAUGUAACCUUGCGGUCAGUUAGCUGCACCUUAACUGUUAAGUCUGAAACACAUAUAUGCUUUAUAUAAACACCAAGGCACAACAAGGUCCAUCAUGGCUUCUCGAGCGGGUCCCAGGGCGACGGGUACCGAUGGCAGUGACUUCCAGCACAGGGAGCGAGUUGCAUCCCACUACCAGAUGAGUGUUGCCUUGAAGUCUGAAAUCCGUAAACUGAACAUUGUCCAUGUGCUGAUCUGGGUGCUGAUGGCUGCUCAGGUAACUGUAAGCCAGCUGAGCCUGGUGUCUCACAAGGUAGUCGCCUCUCCGUAUCAGUGGGAAUACCCCUACCUUCUGAGCAUAGUUCCCACUGUCUUCAGCUUCCUGGCGUUGCCGCGUAACAACAUCAGCUACCUGGUGAUCUCCAUGAUCAGCGCCGGGCUCUUCUGCGUGGCGCCGCUCAUCUACGGCGGCAUGGAGAUGUUCCCCGUGGCUCAGCAGCUGUACCGGCACGGGAAGGCGUACCGCUUCAUCUUUGGCUUCUCGGCCGUGUCCGUGAUGUACCUCGUCAUCGUCAUUUCUGUGCAGGUGCACGCCUGGCAGAUCUACUACAGCAAGAAGCUGCUGGACCAGUGGUUCACCACCACACAGGACAAGAAGAAGAAAUGACUUCAGCUCUGCUGGCUGAGGACACUUUGAGAUGCUUUUGUUCAGCAUCAUUUUCUAUAUUUAUUUUUGACAAUGAUUUAAUUAUGCUUCUAAAAAAAAAAUCAUUGGACAGUUUGUGAUUACUGCUUUCCCCUCCCUGAAUGAGUUUUUAUGUCAUUUCAAUGUUAAAAAACUGAGAACAAG